CUUUUAGGACUCCAAUGGUUCGCGCCACUCGGGAUCGAGGUCACGGGAGUAAACCACACCACAGAGGCCGACUGGGAGCAGCAGCUGGCGAGGGACUUCCAAGAAGUAUUCGACGGCACCCUAGGCAAGUACAAAGGGCCCCCUAUCUCUUUUAGCCUAGACCCAAAUGUCGCCCCCAUACGCCUAAAACCCAGACGGGUGCCUUUUGCACUCCGGAAGAAAAUAGACGAGCAGAUUGACAAACUCGUCAAACAGGGGGUUUUGCAGCCAAUCGACCACGCCCGGUGGGAGACCCCUAUAGUCACCCCAGUCAAACCAGAUGGGUCAGUAAGGAUCUGCGGGGACUAUAAGGCCACCCUCAAUUGCGCCCUGCAACAAAGCGCCUACCCCGUCCCAGUAGUGCAACACCUAUUACACUCGCUGGGGGGGGGCAAGGUCUUUGCGAAGCUCGACCUGGCGCAAGCCUAUCAGCAACUGCCAGUCGAUGAAGAAACCGCCGAGGCGCAAACAAUAGUCACCCACCGGGGAGCGUUUCGUUGUAACCGACUCCAGUUUGGAGUCAGCGUAGCCCCAGGAAUUUUCCAGAGCCUCAUGGAGAGACUGCUGCGAGGAAUCAAGGGAGUGGUUCCCUAUUUUGACGAUGUAUUGGUGUCAGCAGCCAACCAGGAGGAACUAGAGGGUCGCCUAAGGGAGGUACUAGAAAAAUUCAAAGGGGCCGGGCUAAAGGUGAAGAAAGAGAAAUGCCAGCUAUACACAGAGCAAGUCGAGUUUCUGGGGUACCUCCUAGACCGACAUGGCAUCCACCCAACCGGAAGCAAGGUCAAAGCCAUAAAGGAAGCCCCCACACCCAAGAACAAAACAGAGCUGCAGGCAUUUCUGGGACUGCUAAAUUUUUACAAUAAUACCAAAGACCUGCUCACCUCGGAUGCCGUUCUCAUUCAGUAUAAUGAGACCCUACCCAUCGCCGUCACAUGCGACGCCUCACCAUUUGGCGUCGGCGCUGUCCUCAGCCAUACACUCCCAGACGGAAAAGAAGCACCCAUCGCUUUCUUUUCAAGAACACUCAGCAAACCCGAAAGAAACUACAGCCAAUUAGAUAAGGAGGCACUGGCCAUCGUCGCAGCAGUAAAGAAGUUCCACGAGUACCUCUACGGCCGCCGAUUCACCCUCAUCACGGACCACAAGCCGCUGCUAGGCAUCCUGGCGGGGAACAAGGCCACCCCGAACAUCCUAUCCCCCAAGAUGACAAGGUGGUCUGAGUUCCUCGCCGCCUACGACUACCGGCUCACACACAGACCGGGUAAGACGAUCUCCCAUGCAGACGCGUUGACAAAGGGAUGGCCAGAGAAAGACAGCGAUGAUGCAUUCAGGACAUUCCGAAACCGGCAAACAGAACUGUCACUACAGAAAGGUUGUUUGUUAUGGGGGGACAGGGUGGUCAUACCGGAAAAACUGCAAGGGAAGGUAUUACAAUUAUUACACGAAGGGCACCCGGGGAUUGUGAGGACUAAAGCUUUAGCCAGAAGCUAUGCUUGGUGGCCAGGUAUGGACAAGGAGAUCGAGGCCUGGGUAGCCAAGUGCUCGCGCUGCCAAGAAACCAGACCAAAUCCCCCCGCAGCACCAAUUUUAGAAUGGGAAACGCCCAGGGGACCAUGGUCGAGACUCCAUAUAGACCUUGCCGGGCCCACAAAAGGGAACACAUUCCUCAUCACGGUGGAUGCUUACUCCAACUGGCUGGAGGUAAGCAACAUGAAGACCACCACAACAGAUGCAGUAACCAAGGUCUUAAACAAACUCUUCGCAACCCACGGUCUCCCGGAUGUCAUCGUGUCAGACAACGGACCCCAGUUCACCUCGCUGGAAUUCGAAAGAUUCCUAGCGGAACGAGGCAUACGACACGCACUGACAGCGACGGCGCAUCCGGCGGCCAAUGGUAGAGCAGAA